GGACCGCUGUGCGCCGCUAGCAUUGUGUGCAGGAAGUCGGCCUGGGGGCGGCCUGCGCUGGGCAGGCAAGGCCGCGGGGGGCAGCGCAGGCUGCUUCGACCACCCGAGGACGGCGCAAUGGGAGACGAGAUGGACGCCAUGAUCCCCGAACGGGAGAUGAAGGAUUUUCAGUUUAGGGCCCUGAAGAAGGUGAGAAUCUUUGACUCCCCUGAGGAGUUGCCGAAGGAACGUUCGAGUCUGCUUGCCGUGUCCAACAAGUAUGGCCUGGUCUUUGCUGGUGGAGCCAGCGGGCUGCAGAUUUUCCCUACUAAAAAUCUUCUUAUUCAGAAUAAACCUGGAGACGACCCCAAUAAGAUCGUUGACAAAGUCCAGGGCUUGCUGGUUCCUAUGAAGUUCCCCAUCCGUCACCUCGCCCUGAGCUGUGACAACCUCACACUCUCUGUGUGCAUGAUGUCCGGUGAAUACGGUUCUGUCAUCGCUUUUUUCGAUGUCCGCACGUUCUCGAACGAGGCCAAGCCGCAGAAACGCCCAUUUGCCUAUCAUAAGCUUUCGAAGGAUGCAGGCGGCAUGGUGGUCGACAUGAAGUGGAACCCCGCUGUCCCCUCCAUGGUGGCCGUGUGCCUGGCUGACGGCAGCAUCGCUGUCCUGCAAGUCACCGAAACAGUGAAAGUGUGUGCGACGCUUCCCUCCACGGCAGCAGUGACGUCUGUGUGCUGGAGCCCCAAAGGGAAGCAGCUGGCCGUGGGGAAGCAGAACGGGACCGUGGUCCAGUAUCUCCCCACGUUGCAGGAAAAAAAAGUCAUUCCUUGUCCUCCGUUCUAUGAGUCAGAUCACCCGGUCCGAGUCCUGGACGUGCUGUGGAUCGGUACCUACGUCUUCACGAUCGUGUACGCCGCCGCGGACGGGUCCUUGGAAACGUCUCCCGACGUGGUCAUGGCGCUGCUGCCGAAAAAGGAAGAAAAGCACCCCGAGGUGUUCGUGAACUUCAUGGAGCCCUGCUAUGGCUGCUGCACGGAGAGGCAGCACCACUACUACCUGAGCUACGUCGAGGAAUGGGAUCUGGUGCUGGCGGCGUCUGCGGCCUCCACGGAAGUCAGCAUCCUCGCUCGACAGGGCGAUCAGAUCAAUUGGGAAUCUUGGCUGCUGGAGGAUUCUAGUCGAGCUGAACUGCCUGUGACGGACAAGAACGAUGACUCCUUGCCUGUGGGGGUGGCCAUAGACUACACCAACCAAGUGGAGGUCACCAUCAACGAGGAGAAGACUCUUCCCCCUGCUCCAGUCCUUAUGUUACUUUCAACAGACGGUGUGCUCUGUCCGUUUUACAUGAUCAAUCAAAACCCUGGUGUUAGGUCCCUCCUCAGGACGCCGGAGCGGCUCUCGUUAGAGGGGGAGCGACAGCCCAAGUCGUUAGGAAGCACGCCCACGACCCCAACCUCGCCGGCCCCGCAGAAGCCCGAGUUGUCGGCAGCUGCGGCCCCCGCCUCCAUCCCGCCUUCCCUGCCGGCGGCCCCCACCUCCACCUUCUCCCUGCCCUCUGCUGUGGGGGCCCCUGGCGUGUUCUCCUUUGGUUCUUCACCGUCCUUGAAGUCAUCUGGGCCUGUCACCGCGGAGCCCCCUCCGUACCCCAGCGGCUCUGACGCAUCCAAAGCAGCCGUGGGCUCCAGCACAGCCUCCUUCUCGUUCGCGCCUCCUCAGGCCCCGCUGGCGCCCGCCCCUGCAGCCCCCUCCAUGGCGCCCCUGGCCGCCCCGUUCUCCUUCGGGUCAUCGGGUUUCAAGCCGACCCUGGAAAGCACACCGGUGCCGGGCGCGUGCACCCCAAGCAUGGGCAUGAAGCCCUCCUUCCCGCCUUCAGCCUCUGCGGUCAAGGUCAACCUUAACGAAAAGUUUACCGCCGCGGCCACCCCCGCCCCCGCCAACAGCACCCCGGGCACGCCCCCGACGCUGCUGUUCCCCGCCUCCAAGCCAGCUGCCCCUGGACCUCUCAGCCACCCCACGCCCCUGGCGGCAACACCGCUCGGCACCAUGGCCUCGAAGCCCCCAGCCGCUCCCUCGGCGUCAGGGCGCGCGGCUCACGGAGGUCCAGGCCCGGCGCCCUCCGCGGGGCAGAAGUCGCCCAGGAUAGCCCCGCCGGUGGCGAAGUCAGGCUGCCCCCAGGCGAAAUCACUUCCGCCUCCUGCUACGGAGAAGCAGGGACACCAGUGGAAAGAGUCCGAUCCUGUGAUGGUUGGGAUUGGUGAGGAGAUCGCGCACUUUCAGAAGGAGCUGGAGGACCUGAAGGCCCGAACUUCGAAAGCCUGUUUCCAGGUGGGCAGCUCGGAGGAGAUGAAGAUGCUGCGGACAGAGGCGGAUGACUUGCACACCUUCCUUUUGGAGAUCAAGGAGACCACGGAGUCUCUGCACGGGGACAUCAGCGCCCUGAAGACGACCCUGCUGGAGGGCUUCGCCGGGGCCGAAGAGGCCCGGGAGCAGAACGAGAGAAACCACGACGCCGGGUACCUGCGCCUGCUCUACAAGAGGCCCCUGGACCCCAAGAGCGAAGCGCAGCUCCAGGAGAUCCGGCGCCUUCACCAGUACGUGAAGUUUGCUGUGCAGGACGUGAACGACGUCCUGGACCUGGAGUGGGACCAGCACCUGGAGCAAAAGAGGAAACAGAAGCGCCUGCUUGUGCCGGAGCGAGAGACGCUGUUCAACACCCUGGCCAACAACCGGGAGAUCAUCAACCAGCAGAAGAAGAGGCUGAACCACCUGGUGGACAGCCUCCAGCAGCUGCGGCUGUACAACCACACGCCCCAGUGGAGCCUCCCCUCGGACGUCUCCUCCCAGAGCAGCACGCACAGUUUUGACAGUGACCUGGAGAGCCUGCGCAACGCCUUACUGAAGACCACCAUCGAAUCCCACGCCAGACCCUUGCCGAAGGUUCCAGCUAAACUGUCCCCUGUGAAACAGGCACAGCUGAGAAACUUCCUGGCCAAGAGGAAGACCCCACCCGUGAGAUCCACCGCUCCAGCCAGCCUGUCGCGGUCCGCCUUCCUGUCCCAGAGGUACUACGAGGACUUGGACGAGGCCAGCUCCACGUCGUCCGUCUCCCAGUCCCUGGAGAGCGAGGACGCACGCACGCCCUGUAAAGACGACGACGCGGUGGCCCAGGUCCCGCGGCACGCCCCUGUGGUCCGCACGCCCUCCAUUCAGCCCGGUCUCCUGGCACAGGCGGCAGCUCCUUUCGCCAAAGCCCACCUGAGCCACGGUUCGCCUGGUAUGACGGGGACUGCAGCGUCUCCGUCUGCGGGCAGAGUUCUCCCCCAAGGGGCUGACAGCACGAUGCUCGCAACCAAAACCGUGAAGCACGGGGCGCCGGGCCCCUCCCACACCAUCCCAGCCCCCCAGGCAGCCGCCGCGGCCGCACUGAGACGGCAGAUGGCCAGUCAGGCGCCAGCUGUGAGUACGCUGACUGAAUCGACUUUGAAGACGGUCCCCCAAGUGGUAAACGUGCAGGAACUGAAGAAUAACCCUUCACCCGCCUCUGCAGCGAUGGGAACUUCGGGGUCCUACUCUGCAGCCAAAACCCCUCACCCCAUGCUGACCCCGCUGGCCACUAACAACCAAGCUAAGCAGGGGUCGCUGGUAAACCCCCUCAAGCUGUCUGGGCCCGCGCCCGCCUCCGGUCAGCUGCCGUCCAGCGACAAGGCUGCAGGGCCGGGGGCCACCAAGACGGAAACCGCCGUGACGUCCACCCCGUCUGCAGUCGGGCAGUUCGGCAAGACCUUCUCCUUCUCUUCGCCAGGGACCAGCUUCAAUUUCGGGAUAAUCACACCGACGCCAUCUUCUAAUUUCACUGGUGCGCAAGGGGCAGCACCCCCCGCUAAGGAGUCCAGCCAGCCGGACACAUUCUCGUUUGGCGGGGUUGGCAAACCUUUACCUGAGACCAUUUCUGAAAGCUCGCCUCCCUCAGCAGUGACAACAGCGUCGACCGCCCCUGGAGCUGCUUCCGCUCCCUCGGGAGAGCCUGCUGCGUCAAGUGGCAGGCCUGUGGCGCCGUCCGGGAUUGCUCUGGGCACCCCUCCCGGCAAGCUGGAAACCCCGCCGUCCAAGUUGGGGGACCUGCUGUUCCCAAGCUCUUCAGCUGGCGAGACUCUCGGCAGCUUCUCGGGGCUGCGGGUUGGCCAAGCCGAUGACUCCACAAAGCCGGCCGGUAAGGCUGCGUCCGCAAGCCUGACGAGCGCACAGCCGGCGAAGACCCCCCUCAUCUCCUCCGGGUUUACCUUUGCUGGCCCUCCCACCGUGGGCAAGCCCGCGGAGCUUCCUGUGGCCUCCUCCGGGGCCACCGCCGCUGCCGCCACCACCGCCACACAGGCGCCAGCUGCACACACAAGCACGAGCGGGGCCUCGGCGGGCGUCUUCGGCAGCCUGCCCCUCACCAGUGCGGGGUCCCCCGGGCUCGUGAGCUUCAGUGGCCUCUCUCUGAGUGGCGGCAAGACUGGCUUCUCCUUCGGAAGCCAGCAGACGAGUCACACGGCACCCCCGCCUGCCCCACCGUCAGCCACCGCUGCCCCUUCCCACCCCACGUCGUUCCCCGUGAUGUCGUUCGGUGGCCUCCUGAGUUCAGCGCCCGCCCCCACCCUCCCUGCGUCCUCUGCUAAGGGCACCGAGGAGGCGACGUCGGCGUCUGUGCCUGAGAAGCCAGGCAGCAGCGAGGUCUUGGCGGCGGCAGCCUCGCUUCCAGGGCCUCCGCAGUCGGCCCCACUUCCCCAGGCUCCUCUGCAGACCCCCGACUCCGUCAAGAAAGAGCCUGUGCCGGCCCAGCCCACGGGCAGCGGCCCUGGUGCCGCAGCGGCAAGCACCAGUCUCCCGGCACCUCCUGCAGAGGCCGCGCCGGCAGCCCCCGGGGUCCCCGACGUCAAGGCAGAGGCGGCCUCCCCCGUGUCCUCCCUCUCGGCGCCUGGGCCGGCUGCCGUCACCGCAGCCACAGCCACAGCCCCAGGUGCAGGCCCUGUGGCGGCAGAAACAUCAGGUGCCCCCACGGCCACGAGCGCUGUUCCCAGUGCGGCCCCCAGCCCCGCCGCAGACACGGCGGGGCUCGGGGCUGUCACGUCCGGCUCCCCUGUCUUCACCCCGCCGCCUGCUGCCAGUUCCAGCUCAGCCUUCAGCCAGCUCACCAGCAGCACGGCCACCGCCCCCUCGGCUGCCCCCGUGUUUGGGCAGGCGGCCGCCGGCGCCGCACCGAGCCUGUUUGGGCAGCAGGCGGGCAGCGCGGCCAGCACGGCCACCGCCACACCGCAGGCCAGCGGCUCGGGGUUCGGCGGCCCGGCGUUCGGCACCUCGGCCACCACCGGGGUCUUCGGGCAGACGGCGGCCUUCGGGCAGGCCCCGGCCUUCGGGCAGGCGACGAGCGGCCCGGCGAGCAGCUUCUCCUUCAGCCAGCCUGCCUUCAGCUCCGGGCCCGCCUUCGGCCAGCCGGUGUCCUCCGCGCCCACGUCCACCAGUGGGAACGUCUUCGGGGCCUCUUCGGGCGCCAGCAGCUCCAGCUCCUUCUCCUUCGGACAGUCGUCUGCCGGCACGGGCGCGGGGGUGUUUGGCCAGAGCACCCCCCCUGCCUUCGGCCAGAGCCCUGGCUUCGGGUCGGGGGGCUCCGUGUUCGGGGCUGCCUCGGCCGCCACCACCACGGCAGCAUCCUCGGGGUUCAGCUUUUGUCAGGCGUCAGGUUUUGGAUCUAGUAAUACUGGUUCUUUGUUUGGUCAAGCCGCCAGUACCGGGGGAACAGUCUUUGGCCAGCAGCCGGCGUCGUCCAGUGGCAGCGUGUUCGGGUCCGGAGGCGCCACAAGAGGGGGCGGCUUCUUCAGCGGCCUCGGAGGGAAGCCCAGCCAGGACGCGGCCAACAAGAACCCGUUCAGCUCGGCCAGCGGGGGCUUCGGAUCCACGGCCGCCUCGAGCACCUCUAACCUGUUCGGAAACAGCGGGGCCAAGACGUUCGGCAGCUUCGCCGGCUCCUCGUUUGGGGAGCAGAAACCCGCCGGCACCUUCAGCUCCGGAGGAGGAAGCGUGGCGUCCCAAGGCUUCGGGUUUUCCGCGCCAAACAAAACAGGUGGCUUCGGUGCUGCUCCAGUGUUUGGCAGCCCUCCUACUUUUGGGGGGUCCCCUGGGUUUGGAGGGGUGCCAGCAUUCGGGGCAGCCCCAGCCUUUACAAGCCCUCUGGGCUCGACGGGAGGCAAAGUGUUCGGAGAGGGCACCGCGGCGGCCAGCGCGGGAGGAUUCGGGUUCGGCAGCAGCAGCAGCACCACGUCCUUCGGGACCCUCGCCAGCCAGAACGCGCCGACGUUCGGGUCCCUGUCCCAGCAGACCUCGGGCUUCGGCACCCAGAGCGGGGGCUUCUCUGGCUUCGGCUCGGGCGCAGGAGGGUUCACCUUUGGAUCCUCCAACUCGUCUGUCCAGGGCUUCGGUGGCUGGAGAAGCUGAGCGGUGUCGUGUCCCUCCCAGCCCCUGGGCCCAGCUGCCUGCUCGGCUCCUGCUCGCCGAGCAGCACUGAAGCCGCCCGUCACGUGGACGUUCUCACCAGCACCCCAGGAGGCGGCGGCGGGACCGGAGC